UGAUUUUUUUUCUUCAGCUUUUCUACUCCUACUCCUUUUCUGAGACCACCUCUGUCAUUAGCUGGGAGGAGCGAAACCCGCUAGGUUCCCUUACAUCCCUGCGAUGGUGGACCGAGAAAGUAACACUUUACCAUGGCCGCCUUAAGCAUCCACAUUCUCGUGCUCUUUUUGUGCAUCUUGUUGGUUUUGAAGCUCUGCGGCUUCAGGAAAAGGCAACAGGAUGAACCUCCGCUAAUGAACGGCUGGAUCCCCUUUCUUGGCGUCGCGCUGGAAUACGGGAAAAACCCCCUGGAAUUUUUGAGGUCGAUCCAGAGGGAAUACGGAGACAUUUUCACUUGUAAAAUAGCCGGGAAAUACUUCACCUUUGUGACGGAUCCUUUCUCCUAUAGCGCGGUGUUUCGCCAGGGAAGGAAUCUUGACUUCCAAAAGUUUGCACUGGGAUUCUCCCGGAAGGUGUUCGGCCAUGCCGACUUCAACGCCCCCAUGUACAGUGGGAGCUACAGGGACAUCCACCCCAUUUUCCGACAAACGCUGCAAGGGCCUGUCCUCCAGCAGCUCAUCUCCACCAUGAUGGAGAACAUCCAGAUGGUGAUCCGCAGGGACGACAGCUUCAACUGGGUCACCGAGGGCCUGCAGCGCUUCGUGGACCGGAUCAUGUUCGAGGCCGGGUACCUGACUCUCUUCGGCAAAGAGGAUGAGGCGUUGGUCAGUGGCGGCGGCGGCCGUGGCGCCCCCCAGUGGCUGUCCAUGAGACAGGCCAUGGAGGACUUCCAUGCCUUUGACAAGGCCUUGCCCGAGAUGGCAGCCGGACUCCCCAUACACUUACACUUGAAGGCCUUUCGAGCCCGUGAGGCACUAGCCCAGAAGCUCCACCACCGACGUCUGAAGAGGAACAAGUGCUUAUCGGCUCUCGUCGAGAGGAGGAUUCAGGCUUUUGAUAAAAUGGAGGAGCUCGACGAGCAUGGCAAAGCCAGGACACACUUAUGCAUUCUGUGGGCUUCCCAAGCCAACACCUUACCUGCAACAUUCUGGAGCCUGUACUACAUGCUAAGGUCUCCAGAUGCCAUGAGGGCUGCUCAAGCUGAGGUGGACCGAGUGUUGAGGGAGUCCGGCCACACGCCAGAAAACCUGGACAAACCGGUGGUCCUUUCUAAAGACCAGCUAGACGGCAUGUUGGUGCUGGGAAGCAUCAUAGAGGAAGCCCUCCGGCUCUCCAGUGCUUCCAUAAUGAUCCGCGUCGCCAACGAGCACUUCACCUUCACUCUCGAUUCCGGCAAGAUGGUUGCCAUCCGCAAAGGGGAUCACAUUGCCAUGUUCCCGCAGAUGAUGCACAUGGACCCAGAGAUCUACGAGAAUCCCACGGAAUUCAAGUUCGACAGAUUCCUGGAUGAGAAUGGGCAGAGGAAGACAGAUUUCUACAAGAACGGCAGGAAGCUGCGGCAUUUCCUCAUGCCCUUCGGGUCCGGGGUCAGUGAGUGCCCCGGUCGCUUCUUUGCCAUAAAUGAGAUCAAGCAGUUUCUCACGUUGACUCUCUGCUACUACGACAUGGAGCUACAAGACCCUGCAAUGCCUCCUUUGACCACAGACUGUACCAGGGCUGGUCUGGGCAUCUUGCCACCCAAACAAGAUAUUUCCCUUAGAUACAGACUCAGACGAUGGGUCCCGACACACCUGCAAGCGCCACGUUAGCUGGUGCACUCCUGUCAUCAGCUGGCGGAGUCUCGCUAACUCGUAAUAGCUAACACGUUCAACUAAAAUUUACAUUUCGAACACCGUAAUGUGACUUAGCAACUGUGUAUCUUUGCUUGGAAUUCCAGGUAGAGGUUUGGGAUCAUGUAAAUGUUUUUUUUGGGAUAGUAAUUUUUGGACACCUGGAAUACUUUGGAAACUGCGAAGUCUCUUGAUGAGUCCCUGAGUCUUAUUUCCCAGCAAGACAUGAGUGCAUUUACAGGAAAAAAUACUUAAGUGGCUGAUUAUAUACAGAGGAUCCAUGCAGGCGCGGGGCAACAUUGGAACUCACCACAGCUGAAAGCGGAUUGGCCCCCAGAAUGCCUUCUCCCCUGUCACUCAUCGAUUCAAAACAUAUCAUUGGCUAAUGGUAAGGUUGGCCCGUCUUUAUAAAUUAUAGCUUCUUAAUCCUAGUAUUACCCAUGUAGUAGCAUGGGAGCAUGAAGGGAAAACAAACAGCUACUUUGAGAGCGUGGUACAAUAUUUCCCCGUUAUUAUUGUUUGAAUGCGUUUUAAGACAUUCUUACCAUGUCUGGAAGUAAUGGGAGAGACAACCUAAUAAAAUAUGUAAUAGGAUGCUAUUGUGCUUUCUGUUUCUUAGGGUACAGUAUAUUAAGCUGUGGCAUCUGAUUUAUCUCUGUGCCCAACAGGCCUUCAUAUUGGUUAUGUAAAGAACAAUGCAGUUUGUUAAUAAAUCUGUUCCUUGACUGGAA